CAGGUACAAGUGUGGGUGGCUUCAUUUACGCCACACUCCAGAAUGAGCUCAUUGAGUUGUUUGGUUUGGAAGGCUGUCUGCUUAUCAUUGGGGCGCUGGCGCUCAACUUGAUGGCAUGUGCUGGGCCAAUGCGACCUUUGAACUUACCUGGCUACUACCUGAAACAGAGAGCUGCUCUACAACGCACAGAGGACCCAGAACCACUCUAUAGCAAACCUACUGCCGUUAUCAUUGAGUCUGGAUCUGAUCUCAAAACCAAACCCGGCUUAGCCGAAAACACUACCACAGUGAAACUGUUGAUCAAUAAAGACCCCAUAGAGCUACAAGACAGUGAAGGAGAACGGAAAGUCCACAUAUUGUCCAGUUCAAUAAUAGCACGAGCCAUUAAGAAGUGGAUGCGUCCAUAUGGACAGUAUUUCUGCGAAACAGUAGAGCUCCUACAGGACCGGAUCUUCAUGGCUUUCUGUAUCGCCAUGUUUCUGUUUAGUUUAGGAGCAUUUCCACCUGUGCUCUUCAUGGAGGACGUGGCCCAGAGCGAAGGGCUUAUUGAUGGGAUUGCGCUGAUACCACUGGUCUCCAUUGUUGCGAUGACUACAGGCAUCGGUAAGCUGAUUCUGGGUGUGCUGGCCGACAUGCGAUGGGUCAACAGUCUGUAUCUGUACGCCCUGACACUCAUUGGCUCUGGAACGGCUCUGCUUCUCAUCCCUGUGUCCAAGAGCUAUUUGGGUCUACAGAUUCUUUCAGCCUCUGUUGGGUUUUUCUCAGGGAACUGGUCUCUUACAUCAUACAUCACUACCAAGAUUGUGGGCAUUGAACGGCUUGGUCAGGCGCAUGGGAUUCUCAUGUGCUUUGGAGGGUUUGGAAUUGCACUCGGGCCACCAGUUGUAGGUUGGUUCUUCGACUGGACUCAGUCAUAUGACCUGGCGUUCUACCUCAGUGGCACUUGUGUUUUAGUGUCUGGUGUGUUUCUGUUCUUGGCUGCACUGCCUUGCUGGAACAGGACGGCACAAGAGGGAAAUUCUCAAGCAGAAGAGGAUGUAAACACUUCACAACAGCACCACUCUUUUGACUGUGACAAAGUAGCCUCUGUGGCUUGAACAAUACUGCCCUUAACAUUUUGGUGAACAUACAGAUGCUUAUCUGCUUUUUCUUACCUGGCAAAUUGACAAGGGCAUUUUACUGAUGGUGCCAAUCGUUUUCUUUGGUUCAUUGUGAGAAGAUGUUUUUAUAUAUUUCCCACAACCUUGGUAUUUUUUAUUAUCAAAGGGUACAUUAGUUUUUUCCCUAGAUGCUCAUGAAGACUGCCUUAUUUUUGAGGCCUAUAUCUAUAGCAGAAGUUUAUAGUGUUGUUUAUAGUAUUUUCUGUAGAUUGAUAACUGGACACUGAUUAUUAUUAUUAUUAUUUUAUUAUUAUUAUUAUUAUUAUUAUUAUUUUAUUAUUAUUAUUAUUUUUGUGUAGACUUUAAUUACUUGACUUGUGUUAUUUUAUUCUUUGAGACGAAUGGACUCACUGAUUUCACCAACCAGUAAAAAUGCACAGUAGUUUCCCAUUAAUAAGCAUGCAGAAAAUUAUAGAGUGUGUGAAUGGGAAUUUUUACUGCAUAUAUAGCAUGAAACGCAUAGAAAAAAUGAUAAUCCAAAGAUUUCUUUCUUUUUUGCCCUGACAAGGACUUAAAACAAGUGUCAAAGACUUAAAACAGAGAGGAAAUGCACUUUUAAGCACUCUUAUAAAUGGCCAGUGACUGCACAGUAUUUUUCUACUUUUUUCCUGGUGCAUCAUCGCUUUUUAUUAUAACCAAAGUGACAAACAAUUUCAUUCAUCUAGAAAAAAGGCCUUAUUUUGAAAUUUACUUACUUUAGCCAUUUUUAAUGUUAAGACAUACCUCAGCAUCUUGGUCAUUUUGAAAAAUGAGAACAUGCUGAUGAUAAAAAGAGUCAGAAAAAACACAAAAACAGAAAGGCUGUGUGGCUGUAUUAUACUGUAUGUGUGUAUGUGUGUGCCUGGUAAUACAAAGUCAUCCUCCAUAGUUUUUUCAACAGGCUGGUCCCUGACAACGUUUUUGUAAAGUUACCAGUUCAGUAAUUUCUUUUUUAUGUUAGUAUAUAUUGUAUAAAAUAUUAGCGAAAGAAUGUUAAGUAGAGGCCACUACACUUGUGACCAAACACUUGCUUUGAGUCUUGAGUGAACAUUUGACAAGGUGCAUAAUAAUUAUAUAUAAAAUGUAACGUUGUGCCUUUAUAUAAUAUCUCAGUCUUGUUUGUUUUGUACUGUACCAUUUCUUCAUUUUUAAGUGAUAAUAAAACGAUUUCUAUGACAGGCAUGACAAUUUUACUACA